CCUGCGGCGGGCGGCGGGCCCGGCCAGGCCGCGAUGGCGACCAAGAAGGCGGGCUCGCGGCUGGAGACGGAGAUCGAGCGCUGCCGCUCCGAGUGCCAAUGGGAGCGGAUCCCCGAGCUCGUCAAGCAGCUGUCCGCCAAGCUCAUCGCCAACGCUUCUCACUUUGUAGAUGACAUGGCAGAACUCCUCCUUGGGGAGUCGAAGCUGGAGCAGUACCUGAAGGAACACCCCCUGCGGCAGGGAGCCAGUCCCCGAGGCCCCAGGCCCCAGCUGACCGAGGUCCGAAAGCAUCUGACCGCCGCCCUGGAUCGAGGGAACCUCAAGUCAGAAUUCCUCCAGGAAUCCAAUCUGAUCAUGGCCAAGCUGAAUUAUGUGGAAGGAGAUUAUAAAGAAGCGCUCAACAUCUAUGCCCGGGUGGGCCUCGAUGACUUGCCACUGACAGCCGUCGCCCCCUACAGGUUGCGGAUGAUCGCAGAGGCCUACGCUACCAAAGGACUUUGUUUAGAGAAGUUGCCUACUUCCUCUUCUACCAGUAACCUCCAUGUGGAUCGGGAGCAGGAUGUCAUCACCUGUUAUGAGAAAGCAGGGGACAUUGCACUCCUGUACCUCCAGGAGAUAGAAAAGGUAAUACUUACUAAUAUUCAAAACAGAAGUCCUAAGCCUGGCCCUGCUCCCCACGAUCAAGAACUAGGUUUUUUCCUAGAAACAGGACUUCAGAGAGCCCAUGUCCUCUAUUUCAAAAAUGGGAACUUGACAAGAGGAGUCGGGAGAUUUAGAGAGAUCCUCAGAGCUGUCGAAACAAGAACGACUCAAAACCUGCGAAUGACAAUAGCCAGGCAGUUGGCAGAGAUCUUGUUGCGGGGUAUGUGUGAGCAGAGCUACUGGAACCCUCUGGAGGACCCACCAUGCCAGUCACCCCUGGACGAUCCCCUCCGGAAAGGAGCAAACACGAAAACCUAUACCCUCACCCGGAAAGCCCGUGUCUACUCAGGAGAGAACAUUUUUUGUCCUCAAGAAAAUACUGAGGAAGCCCUGUUGUUAUUGCUGAUUAGUGAAUCAAUGGCCAACCGGGACGCUGUGCUGAGCAGGAUACCUGAGCACAAGAGCGACCGCCUCAUCAGUUUGCAGAGCGCGUCUGUGGUCUAUGACUUGCUGACCAUCGCUCUGGGAAGAAGAGGCCAGUAUGAGAUGCUGUCUGAGUGUUUAGAAAGAGCCAUGAAGUUUGCCUUUGAAGAGUUCCACCUCUGGUACCAGUUUGCCCUGUCACUGAUGGCUGCUGGAAAAUCUGCACGUGCCGUGAAGGUGUUGAAAGAGUGUAUCCGUCUGAAGCCCGACGAUGCCACCAUCCCGCUCCUCGCUGCGAAGCUGUGCAUGGGCUCCCUUCACUGGUUGGAAGAGGCCGAAAAGUUUGCCAAAACUGUCGUCGAUGUGGGAGAGAAAACGUCCGAGUUCAAGGCCAAAGGCUACUUAGCUCUGGGGCUCACGUACAGUCUGCAGGCCACUGAUGCUUCUCUGCGAGGGAAGCAGGAGGUCCUGCAGAGAAGGGCGCUUCUCGCAUUUCAGAGGGCCCACAACCUGUCACCUACAGAUCACCAAGCAGCUUUCUACCUGGCUCUGCAGCUUGCCAUCUCUAGACAGAUUCCAGAGGCUCUGGGGUAUGUCCGCCAAGCUCUGCAACUUCAGGGUGAUGAUGCCAACUCCCUGCACCUCCUUGCCCUCCUGCUGUCAGCCCAGAAGCAUCACCAUGACGCCCUGAACAUCAUUGACAUGGCCCUCAGUGAAUACCCAGAAAACUUUAUACUACUGUUCUCCAAAGUGAAGUUGGAGUCACUGUGCCGGGGCCCGGACGAGGCGCUCCUCACCUGUAAGCACAUGUUACAGAUAUGGAAAUCCUGCUACAACCUAACCAACCCCAGCGAUUCUGGACGUGGGAGCAGCCUCUUAGAUAGAACCAUUGCUGACAGACGACAGCUUAAUACAAUUACUUUGCCAGACUUCAGCGAUCCCGAGACAGGCUCUCUCCAUGCCACGUCGGUAGCAGCCUCAAGAGUGGAGCAGGCACUGUCAGAAGUGGCCUCUUCUCUACAGAGCAGCGCUCCCAAGCAGGGGCCACUACACCCCUGGAUGACACUGGCACAGAUCUGGCUCCAUGCAGAUCUUGCCCUGGUGGCGUAGUGGCUAAGGCUCGGCUGCUAACGAGAAGGUCAGCAGUUCAAAUCCACCAGCUGCUCCUUGGAAACUCUAUGGGCCGGUUUUACUCUGUCCUGUAUGGUCGUUAUAAGUCCGUCUGCCUCGACAGUACCUGACAACAACAACAGAUCUUUGCCAAUGUCAGUAGGUGAAAAAUGAUAUUCCAUUUGUCUGUUCACGUCUUUUGUUCAUUUAUCUUCUUAGGUACUGAGGUUUUCUCUUUGAUUUGUAGACAUUUAUUAUAUAUCCAAGAAAUCUGCCCUGUGUCUGUGAUAUGCACUAUAACUAGUCCUCCUUCAUUAUUUUAUUUGUGUUUUCUCUUUUUUUUUUUCCUGCUUUUGCAAAACAGGUUUUUAAGAAAUACACUUAUCAAUCUUUUCCUUAUGGCAUCUGAACUUCACACCGUACUUUGAAAGCAACUAUCCAUCUAUAUGAUCUUUCCAGAAUGUUUCAAGUAUCUUCCAGUGCCAUUUGUAUACAUAUCGUCUUGUAGAGAAGGUCAGAAGCGGGUUAUUCCGCCAUUUUGCAGUAGGGGCAUCCCAGGCCAGAGAGCAGUAGUAAGCACGUUGCGGUCUCACCGGGGCAGGAGUCAGGAGAGCUGAACUACAGCGUUUGAUGUUUAUUUCAUCUCAAGACACAUCUCCCUAGGAACCAUGGAACUACUUCUUUUUUUAUUGUGGUAAAAAUAUACAUAACAAAGCUUUGGCAAAUGCAACAGUUUUUACAUGUACAAUUCAGUGACAUUGAUGACGUUAUCAUGCGGUGCCACCAUCACCAUUCUCCUUUUCCAGACUGUUCCACCACCAUGAACAGAAGCUGAUUGCGGCUUCUUCUUUAGAAUACAAAUCUCACCCUUGACCUUUAGGAAUUCCUGCAUUCCAAGUCUCUCCCAAACCAAGGGAGCUUCCUGGUGCCCAUCCUUCAGUUUCCACACUGGGAUGGCAGCUAAAAAUGACUUUGCGGUAGGUGGUUAAUUUCUGCUUGUUACUUGCUAAUAAUUAUAGCUUUCACUUUGGCACCUCUCACAGUUGAAACCAGUGGCUAUUCUUAGAUGUGCAAGAUCAGAUUUUCUGGUUUCUGCUGGGAAUUUAAAGCUGUGAGACUCUCACAAAUUCCUGGGCCCUGGCUGGACCUGCCCUCUUCUUCCUGCCCCCACCAGGCUCCUCCCAGCCUCCAGGAGGUGCAUCAGCAGGGCUGAGGGUAAUCCUGUGGUGUGACCGCCGUGAUGAGAUGAAAACAGCUCCCAAACAGGUGGUGUGUGGGGUCACUGCACAGCGAGUGGCAGCAGGACACGCAGUGCCUGCUGAUGGGUCAGGCCUGGCCCUGCACACGGUGCAGCCUAGGUCAGUCAGCUCCACCAGCCCUGCCCCUCUCCAGCCCUGGAGGACUUUGACUAAGGGUCUACAGUGUGCAUGUACCUGAUGGUUAUCGAGCACUGUGUACGUGCCAGAUGUUAUUCCACUGUAUAUGUGCCAGAUGUUAUCGACAUGUUUAACUUAUUCAGUCUUUGUAAGGGAACUGCCCCAUAAUGUUUCCAAGGAGUGGCUGGUAGAUUUGAACUGCUGACCUUUUGGUUGGUUACUAGCCAUAGCCCUUAACGACUGUGCCACCAGGUCUCCCUUAAUAACCUUAUGAGGUGUAAAUGCCCUUAUUCACCCCAUUUUACAGAUAGAGAAACUGAGACACAGCCAUCAGGUAACUCGCCUAAGGUUACAUGGCUAAUAAGUUGUUGUCGUUGUUAGUUGCUGUGGAGUCAAUUCUGACUCUUGGCAACCCCGUGUGUCCAUAGGGUUUUCAAGGUUGUGGCCUUUUGGAAGCAGAUCACCAGGCCUGUCUUCGGAAAUGCCUCUGGGUGGGAUUGAACUGAUAACCUUUCAGCCAGCAGUUGAGCACUUAACUGUUUGCACCACCCAGGAAUGCCAACUAAUAAGUAAACCAAAAACCAAACCCAGUGCCGUCGAGUCAAUUCCGACUCAUAGCAACCCUAUAGGACGGAGUAGAACUGCCCCAUAGAGUUUCCAAAGAGCGCCUGGCAGAUUCGAACUGCUGACCCUUUGGUUAGCAGCCGUAGCACGUAACCACUACACCACCAGGGUUUCCAACUAAUAAGUAGAGAGGUCUAAUUUCAAACUCAACCAGUGUGGCCCCAGAACCCCAGCUCUAACCCACGGUAGGUGCUCCUACGUUCAAUUUUAUAUCUAUAUAAAGGUUUUAUAAAAAUAAAGAUAACACAGCAUUUGCCAGUUCAACAUCUUUCACUACUACAGAGUAUUUUUGAGCACCUGUUGAUGUGUCAGUUGGAGCUAGGCUCUGGAGUGCAGAGGUGCUGGAGAUAGAUAGACGCAGCCCCCACCUUCAUGGAGUUUACUGUCGUGAAGUAAAACAAUUCCAGAAACACUUCACACCCGUGCCAAGUGCCAGGAAGGAGCACUGCAGGGUUCCCUGAGAACUGGUCACCUAAUGGGGGAGCCAGAGUAGCUGGGGCACAUUUGGGCAAAGACCUGAAAAGCCAUUAGCAGUUGGUUGGCCCACAAUGGUAAAGGCAGAGGAGGCACAGGAGAUGGCUUGUGGGAGUGCCUGUAGGGAGCUCUGAGUGUUGGACAAACAGAUGAAGCCCCAGGGCUUGACGCCUAAAGAGCAAGCGGUGAAGGGGCCCAAGGUGAGGCAGAAGGGCCUGGGUAGGAUCAUGCCAGUGCCCCUGGCAGCCACGCUAAGGUCUUUGAACUUUAACCUACAGCAGUUGAAGAACUAGCCAAGGGCUUCAGGCAGGAGAGUGAAAGGAUCAGAAUGAGGUUUUUAAAGGGUUACUCCAGCCAGCUUGAAAGUGGGGUGAGAGGCCGCAGGAGUGGAAGCAGGAGGAGAGUUAGCCGUGUUGGCCCAUGUGAUGGAGAGCAGCUUGGUGUUCAUUGGCAACAAGGGAGGGGGAGAGAACUGGACACUUAAGGCGCAUUUUCAAGGUGGAACUGAUGGGACUUGUUGAUGGAUCAGAUAUGGGAGUGAAGGAAAAGGAAGAAUCAAGGAAGACUCAUGUAUUUUGUGCAUGAGAAGAUGGGUGGAUGGCGAUGCCGUUUCUGUGGUGGGGAAGCUGGGGGAAGAAUUGGUCUUAGGGUCAGGGAGGAGAAAAAUCCGGAGUCUUGUUUGAACUUGUAAGUGUCAGAUGCUGAAGGCCAUUGAGUAAAGGUGCCAAGAAAGCAGCCGAAUGUUCAAAUCUGCAUUUCAGAUUUGGGCUGGAGAUAUAAGUUGGGGAGUUGGGAUUUAAAGCCAAGGGGUGUGAUGAGAAGGCCUGGGAAAAGAGUGCAGAAGGUGUGAAGGACAGGGCCAUGACCGAGCCCCUGCCACAUUUAAAGUUUGGGGAGGAGAGGAAAAGCCACGUUCGCUGAAAGAGAGUGGCAGCAAGGCAGGACAAACCAGGAGAGGUGGUGUCAUGGUGCCAGAGGUAUGCAAAAGGAGCCUGUGCAGUACAGUCAAGAGCUUGGGUUCUGGAGUCAGACUCACUGAAAUCCUAGCCCCACCAUGUAGUGGCAGUCUGUCUGCCAGGAUAGGUUUUCCUUGUCCCUCUGAGCCGUAGUGUCUUCAUCUGUGCAAUGAGGUGAGCCAUAACAAUCACACAAGAUAAUGCAUGUGGCAAGCUCUCACUAUUAAAAUAACUUUUCAAGGAAGAUGUGACCGGUAAGAAGUGCUGCUGAGAGGCCGAGUAAGGUGGAACAGAGGCGUUUGUUGGGUUUGGCAUAGGGGAGUUGGUGGCCAUGAUGAGACCAGUUGCAGCGAGUAGCAGAGGUAGAAGUCACACUGGUGUGGGGUGCAGGGCGACGGCAGGUGAGGAAGUGGAGAUGGUGAGGGUGAACAACUCGUGUUGCCUGCAGGCCCUCCCGCUACAUGGAGCAGAGUGGGGAAGUGGGAGGCUGGGGAGGAAUGUGGGGUGAAGGGAGAGAACUAGGACCCAGGGAGGGGUUUUAAAGAUGGCCGAUACAGAAGCGUGUUGGUCUGCUGAUGGGGAGGAUCAGGAGAGAGCAGGGGUGCGUAAGGUAUGAACUCCUCAAGAAGGCACGAGGGUCACAGAGGGGGUGGCCCUCAGUUACCACAGAUGGGACGCAGAGGGAGUGGCACAGAGGGCACAGAUGGACUUGUCAGUGUGGGGGCAAAAAGAGGUUCACAGUCUGCUCUGGUGACUUCUGUAUUCUCUUUGGAUGACUCGUCAAGGUCUGCUAAGGAGGUGGGGAAGGAUGAGGACUCUGGAGAUCAGCUGGGUAAAGGCCUGGGAGGGAUAAAGUGUGUCACCAAUGCAGCUAGGGGCUGAGGGGCCAGCCUCGCUCUCCCAACCUGCCCCUGGGGAAGGGGCCAUUCUUGACAGACUGACACAGCCAGACACAAACUGGGAAAUAAAUGCCAACUGUGCAGCCCAGGCCCUGGAGAAGAAAUUUGGCCAGGCCCUCGGUGAGUACAGGACCUGGGCUGUGUUCAUCUUGGGGACUGCAGGGCCUUGCUUAGGGCCUAGCCCAGAGAUGCUCGGUAGGAGGACACAUGAAAACAGUCAACUCUUCCUUUCCCUGUCCAGCCUUCCCCAAACAAAGAACAGUUCCAGUGAGAGCUGAUAAGGACGAAGGCCUCUCCUAGGCCUUGGUGAUUUGAAAGGGUGACAGGAAGCUUGCCCGGACACAUGACCCCUUUCUCUUUGGCUCACACGCUGAAUUUUCUGUGAAAGAACGAAUUCAUGACAACACGGAAGGCACGCUCGGGGAGCACCUUGAGCUCCUGGCAGACAACUGCAUCCUCCCCAGGGGGACUCCUCGGCCGCCACGGGCAGGGUUGCCCCAGAACCAAGUUGCUGAGGCUUCUUUCCCAGCACGAGCCACUCUCUGUAGUGAGGCAGAGUUUGGGUAAAGAAGAUGGCUAAAGGAGAUGGUUUUGAGAACAGUCCCUUGCCGCCUACCUGAAGUCCUCACAUACAAGGCCAGGAAAUGCCUGGUGCCACGUGAGUGUUUUCCCUUCUUCCUGCUCCGUCAGCUCUCAGGUGGCACAGAGGACCUGACAGUGAAGGUUUACAGUUCUUGGGGCUGCCUCUGCACUGCACGUUUGUACAAGAGUGGAAAGGUGUCCCCUCUGCGUGGACUCAGUCCCGAAGGAGCAGGCUUGGCCAGCAGAAGAUGCCUUUGUGAGAAGAAACGCCUCCCUCGCAUUCCUCAGGCAGACGCAGCCCUGCGUCAGGCUCACAGCCUACCAGCGGAGUCCAGACUAGGUGUCAGCCCCCCUUGGCCCAGUGCCUUUGCACAGUGUGGGCCCUGCACAUCUCUGAGCCUGAGGCCAGCACAUCUGAGCCAAUUCUCAACCUUGCAGCUGACACGAAGCAGGGGUUUGACGGCGUUAGAUGGGUGAGUGAGUGAGGAAAGUGGCCUAUGUGGGAUUGUGGUGCAGUCAGGUCCCCAGUCAGGAAUGCCCCUUCACCUGGAGAACAACAAUCCUCAGGCCUCAGGACCUCGCAGCGUUUAUAGAAAAUACCAGUUGUCAAGUCGACUCCAACUCGUGCCGACCCCCCAUGUGUUAGAGUAGAACUGGGCUCCAUAGGGUUUUCAAUGACUGGUUUUUCAGAAGUAGAUCACCAGGCUUUUUUUCUGAGGCACCUCUGGGGGGACAUGAACGACCAACCUUCCAGUUAGCAGUCGAGCACAUUAACCGUUUACACCACCCAGAGAUCCCUCCUGGCAGCAUAGCUCAGCCCUUUUCAGGUCAUAUCUUUAGUUUGGUUUGGCAAAAAACCUUCUGGGUACAAGGCAAAGUUAGGGACAUGGUGCAUUGCCAAGACGAACCACCCUUGACCCCUCGCCUCUACUGGAAGAGACAGCACUUUCGCCGAUCACUGUGAUACAAGGCCAGCUGGGAUGAGGGCCUUCCUAGAGAGCUCGGGUGGAGGAGAACGGAGCGUGAGAGAUGGUCCACCCCAAGGCUUCAGGGGAGUCCUGUGCAGAGUGGGGUUCAGUGGCACCUAGAGAGGAGUGCUGGCUCUUUGAUGAAUGGCCACUCAGGGAAGGCACUCCGGGUGAAAGGGGUGCACAAACAGAGGCACAGAGAAGUUGGAAAGGCAGGGCCUUGAUUUUGAAUGUGAUACAAAAACAUGUGGGCUAUGUUCAGUUUGCAAUGGGGAACCACUGAAGCUUUGUGAGCAGAGGGGGAUUGUAUUUCCAACAUUUUUCACCCCAACCAGAUGACAAGGACAAACCAGGGGGUUCCACAAAGGACUGUCCGAGCAUUAUCAGUCCUCUCAGAUCAAGAUUACAGCUGUGAAAACUCUAUGGGGCAGUUCUGCUCUGUCCUGUAGGGUCGCUAUGAGUCGGAAUCGACUCGACGGCAAUGGGUUUGGUUUUCGGUUUAUCCCAAAUUGCAGGACCAGGCAGUGUUUUGUUCUUUUAU